AUGGCGAUCCCUUUCGCUUUACCAUCCGACGACGAGGCGGAGGCCCAGGGACAACAGUUGGAGCAACUGAUGCUCGACCUGUACGCCGUCUUGCAACAGGUCCUUCGAAGCAGGACAGCCCAGCAUCCGUCGCGAAAUCACCGAGUACCGCGACGAACUGGCGAGGAUCGAGUGGUCCUGGUGGACUCUGACCUGUCCCGUCUGCCUCUGCCGGACUUGGUGCUGUCCGCUGUGGAGCAGCUUCCGGCAGUGACGCCCCAGGUAACCGUGUCCGCUCCCAGCAGCCCAACUAGGGACGCGGCGUUCCAGUUUCCGGAGUGCAGCGGUGACGAGAGCGGAUUGGCACCGGUGCCAAGCCCGAGGCCACGGCCACGAAGACGCAGGCUCGCCUCGGAGGGUGGUGGCCCCGCGGCCACGAAGAAGGGACCCGUCGCAGAGCCGACCUGCAACAGCUGCUGCGGCCACUUUGGACAGGCGUUCAACGAGAGCCAGUGGGCGAGCGUGGGUGCCAACCUGAGGAACAUCGCCGACGACUUCCAUGCGUCCAAGACCAAGGCCGCCGAGAUCGAGAAGUCCCGAUUGCCAGCGUUGAACCCGAGUUUCGCGAACUCGGGCAACACAGGCGGCACCACCACGGACGGCAUCCUGUCAUUAUUGAUGCCCGCCCCUCUCCGCGAGACCUUGUGGACGACGGUGGCCCUGUACCUCGGCUGGAGGCUUGUAUCUCGUCUUCGAUAG